CUCCAAAUAUCCACAGCCUUACACCCUUCCCACCACAACCACCACAUCCCAUCAACCCGCAAUCACCACCCCCUCCACACCCCACACGAAACCAAAAACCACCCCAUGCAAUAACCCACAUCCAAAUCACACUUACCAUGUCCUUCGAAAGCCCGCAACCGCCCUACAACGCCGGCGACCCCUCCGCCACCUUCCUCAGCAGCUCCUGCCUCGACUUCCUCCUCAUCGAGCUCGUCCCGCUCGCCUACCGCCUCGCCCACGACAUCGACAGCGUCAAGCGCGACGGCGUCGCCGGGCUCCCCGAGGAUGAGGUCAAGGCGCUCGCUGCUGCGAAGGGGGGCAGCGUGAGCACCAAGGCGGCGGGGACGGCGGGGACGGCGGGGACGGGCGCGCUGAGGGGGAGCAGGAUGGAUGAGGAUGAGGAGCGGGAUGCGGUGUUUUAUAGGCUCGAGACGCUGGGAUAUCGCGUUGGGCAGGGCAUGGUUGAGAGGUUCUCGACUGAUAGGCCACGGUUUACGGAUACGCUUGAUGUGAUUAAGUUCCUUUGCAAGGACCUGUGGAUGCUGGUCUUUCGAAAGCAGAUUGAUAACCUUAAGACUAACCACCGCGGGGUUUAUGUCUUGACUGAUAAUGCGUUCCGGCCGUUCUCGCGGAUGAGCACUGAGGCUGGUGGACAGGCUGUUGUGCGCGCGCAACCGUUCCUGUGGUUUCCAUGCGGUAUUAUUAGAGGCGCCCUGGCGAGUAUGGGGAUAAAUGCGACGGUGCAGGCAGAGACAUCGGAGCUACCGGGGGCGACGUUCCAGAUUAAGUCUAUCACUGUGAAUCCUUGAUGGAUAGCUGCAUGUGCAUAUGCCGGGACGAGGGAGGAUAGACUAUAUGGAACAAUAUGGAACUAAGGAGGGCAGGCAGGUGUUGAGUAGACUGCUUCGGGUUGGUUUUUCGUCACAGCGGUUUAGCGGCAUACACUGGCGUUGGGAAUGGCAUAUCACAUUGCCUGAAAUGGGACAUAUUUUUACACUAUUCACCAAGAGCUGCAUAUUCAUGUGAACUCAUCGUAUGGGGCUCGUCAUGUUUACUUUUUAUAUUCCCUCAAAAUCGUUAAACUGGUCAUGUAUCUUGCUCAAAAGGCUUCAUUGAUCAUAGUGCAAAGCGCGGCUGAGAGGAUUAAAUCACAAUCUACCUACGCAAAGGCCAAUUAGUGAUGAUUCUAACCCACAAAACGACAAACUGAGAGAUGGAGCGAGGGGGAGAUUAAUCACUUUUGGGGAGGGUUGUGGGCGAAGGUAACACCCUUCUCGAUGUUACCCUUAAGGCCCUCAACAGCAGCCUUAAGGAG